AUGAAAUCGAGAUCCAACGACAACCACGCCCCGCACCCGCGUCUCUCCCAACCCGCGCACGCAUUAUCCUGGGAGACGAUCCUGCACGAGCUCGCCGUCAACCCAGACCACGGGCUCUCCAGCGUCGAAGCGGCCAAACGGUUGCAGCAGGAUGGACCCAAUGAGCUGGAGGAUGAGGAGGGGGUUUCCUUAGUGGGGAUUGUCAUCCGGCAGGUGGCCAAUGCGAUGAUGCUGGUGCUCAUCAUCGCCAUGGCCGUCAGCUUCGGCAUCCAGUCCUGGAUCGAGGGCGGCGUGAUUGGUGCGGUGAUCGGGCUGAACAUCGUCGUGGGCGUGUAUCAGGACUUCGCCGCCGAGAAGACGAUGGGCUCGUUGCGCUCGCUGAGCUCCCCCACGGGCACCGUCACCCGCGACGGGAAGACCCAGACGGUGCCGGCCAAGGAGUUGGUGGUGGGCGAUGUGGUGGAGUUGAAGGUGGGGGAUACCGUGCCGGCGGAUGUUCGACUCAUCGAAACCAUGAACCUCGAAACCGACGAAGCUUUACUGACUGGCGAAUCCCUCCCCAUCCCCAAAACCCCCCACCAGACCUACGAGCCCGAAACCGGACCGGGGGACCGCCUCAACAUCGCCUACAGCUCGACGACCAUCACGCGGGGCCGCGGCCGCGGCAUCAUCACCAGCACCGGGAUGGCCACCGAGAUCGGCCUCAUCGCGGCAGCGCUCCACGCCUCCAACCAGUCCGCCGCCCGCUACACGCGCCGCCGGCCGCGCACCGACCCAGACGACCCUCCGAAAAAGCGCGAGAAGGUGCUGACCCCGCUCGCCAAUUGGGGCGGAUCAACCACCGCCUACAUCCUCACCUUCCUGGGGCUGAACACAGGGACCCCCCUGCAGCGAAAGCUGUCGGCGCUGGCGCUGGUGCUGUUCGACAUCGCCGUGGUGUUUGCGCUGGUGGUGAUGGGGGCGAACGGGAUGCGCAAUGACCGCGAGGUGAUCAUCUAUGCGGUGGCGACGGGGCUGGCGAUGAUCCCGGCGUGCUUGGUGGUGGUGUUGACAAUCACCAUGGCGGCGGGGACGCGGUCGAUGGUCCGUCGGAAUGUGGUGGUGCGACGCUUGGAGAGUCUGGAGAUGCUGGGGGCGGUGCAGGACGUGUGCUCGGACAAGACGGGGACGUUGACGCAGGGCAAGAUGGUGGUGAAGCGCGCGUGGGUGGCGGGACUGGGGCAGUUGGCGGUGUUGGGCGAAGGGGGCGAUGUCCUGAACCCGGAGGGUGGGGAGGGGGUCAAUCUGGCCACCGCCGAUACAGACCGCACUCAGCCAUGGGAGUCCCGCAGGGAGGCCCUGCUCCAGGCGGACCACUCCGGGCCCCUCCUGCAACAAUAUCUCAAUGUCGCCGCCAUGGCCAAUCUGGCCCAUGUGCAUUACUCGGACGAAUCCCACGAGUGGCAGGCGCGCGGCGAGCCCACCGAUAUCGCCAUCCAGGUCUUCGCCAUGCGCUUCCACUGGGGACGAGAGCGAUGGACGGCUGGUCGCAACCCGGUGUGGACGCAGAAGGCCGAGUAUCCCUUCGACUCGACGGUCAAGAAGAUGUCGGUCAUCUUUGAGAACAGCGAGACCGCGGCCGCCAUGGUCUUCACCAAGGGGGCGGUGGAGCGGGUGCUGGACUCGUGCACGCAGGCUGUCUGGACAGCCGGUCAGGAGGCUAUUCCUUUAGAUGAGGAGAAGAAGCAGAAGAUCCUCCACAAGAUGGAAGAGUUGGCCCAGGAAGGUCUGCGCGUGCUAGCGCUGGCAUGGAAGCCGAUCCUCGCCCCAAGCGAGGCGGUGCCUGCGCGCGACGAGGUUGAGAAGGAGCUCACCUUCGCCGGAUUGAUCGGGCUGUAUGACCCUCCUCGCCCCGAAACCGCUGGCGCCAUCGAAGAGUGUCGUCGGGCGGGCAUCACCGUCCACAUGGUCACAGGCGACCACCCCGGCACUGCGCGCGCCAUCGCCGCCCAAGUGGGCAUCAUCCCCCGCGACAUGGCCGGGGUCGCGCAGGACGUGGCCGAGGCGAUGGUCAUGACGGCCAGUCAGUUCGAUCGACUCAGCGAGGAGCAGAUCGACGCGCUGCCCACCCUCCCGCUGGUGAUCGCCCGCUGCGCGCCGACCACCAAGGUGCGCAUGAUCGAGGCCCUGCACCGGCGGGGCCGCUACGCCGCCAUGACCGGCGACGGGGUCAACGACUCGCCCUCCCUCAAACGAGCGGACGUGGGCAUCGCCAUGGGCCAGUCGGGCUCCGACGUGGCCAAGGAGGCCUCGGAGCUGGUGCUGACCGACGACAACUUCGCCUCCAUCAUCCACGGCAUCGAAGAAGGCCGGCGCAUCUUCGACAACAUCCAGAAGUUCGUCCUGCAUCUCCUGGCCGAGAACGUCGGUCUCGCCCUGACACUCCUGCUCGGGCUGGCCUUCAAGGACGAGAACGGGCAGUCGGUCUUCCCCAUUGCCCCGGUGGAGAUCCUGUGGAUCAUCAUGGUCACCUCGGGGCUCCCAGACAUGGGACUGGGGAUGGAAGUGGCUGCGCCUGAUAUCAUGGACCGACCGCCUCAAAGUAAACAAGGCAUCUUCGCCUGGGAAGUCAUCCUCGACACCCUCGUCUACGGCCUCUGGAUGGCCGCCCUCUCGCUCGCCGCCUUCUCCCUCGUCCUCUUCGCCUGGGGGGACGGCAAUCUGGCUACGGGCUGCAACAGCGACUACACCGCCGCCUGCGACACGGUCUACCGCGCGCGCGCCACCACCUUUGUGUGUAUGACCUGGUUCGCCCUCUUCCUGGCGUGGGAAUUGGUCGAUCUGCGUCGGAGCUUCUUCCGUCUCCCUGCCGCCAGCCCCGACAAUCACGCCGCUCCAGAACCAGCAUCCAGCACAACCACACCCCGCCCCCUCCUCCAGCGACUCCGCAGCUGGCUCGCCUCCCUCCGCCGCAACCGCUUCCUCUUCGCGGGCAUCAUGGUCGGGUUCGUGACGACCUUCCCGAUCCUGUAUAUUCCGGUGAUCAAUGACGUGGUGUUCAAGCAUAGCGGGAUCUCGUGGGAGUGGGGGGUGGUGUUUGUGGAGGCGGGGUUGUUCUUUGUCGGGGUGGAGGCGUGGAAGUGGGGCAAGAGGGUGUAUUUCCGGCAUCGAACCCCCGGACGGGCGGGGGGGAGGGAGAAGGAGGAGAAGAGGGAUUUUAAUUUUUGGGAUGGGGAGGGUUAG